AACUGGUUCUGUUUUUCAGAAAUUGUUUGUUUCUAGGUAGUUUAGACUAAUACAUUUAAAAAGUUCUAUGAAUCUAUAAAAUGAAAAUUGACCGAAACAAACUCAAAAAAUGCACUACAGAAGUGCCUGCUGACUGCAGAGUUUUAAUUGACAAGUUAAAAACCUGUAGCGAUGAAGAGUUGGUGACUAUAUUGGAAUCAACGACUGCAUGGACUGUAGGAAAAUGUGAACUCUACCAUUGGGUGGAUGUAUUGGACAGAUUCGAUGGAAUAUUAUCCGCUGCAGCAUAUACGGGGGAGUCUGAGUGGCUCUUGACAGUGAACACAGAUGAACAUCUACAGGAACUUGCCCUUGCCGUGCUCCAUUUUACUUCCCUGCUCAUCGAAUACAGUUUUUCAAGACAUUUGUACAACUCUGUGGAGCAUCUCAUCUCUCUCCUCUCCUCUUCCAACCUGGACAUGAUCCUCUCUGUCCUCAACCUCCUCUAUGUGUUUAGCAAGCGAUCCAACUUCUUGUCUCGUCUCGCCGACAAGCAGAGGCUCCCGUUACUGAAACGCCUUGGUUAUCUUGCAGAGAACUGGGGUGGAAAGGAAAAUGGUUUCGGUCUUGCAGAGUCAUGCCUUGAUUCCCCAGUUUCGACUUUUCCAUCAAAUGCUACUACCUUACAUUAUGAAUUUUAUGCCGACACCAAAACUGUCACUGAAUCUCAACACACAGCAAAAAAGCAAGCCAACAACAUGUAUUGCAUCCAUGUAGAAAAUGUUCACCAGAUGAGCUCGAGCCCAGCUGAAAUCAUGGAGUCAUUGAUUAAGAUGUAUCCAGUACCUAAUGAUUCAAAAAUGCUCCUCUACACGCAUCUACGUUUAGCGCAUAGUUUUUCUCAACACAAAACUCGACUGAAAUGUGUUCAAGCUCGUCUGCAUGCUAUCUCAGUACUUGUAUAUACAAACAGUGUCUCCGAAAACAUUGGCAGCAUUUUAUAUUCGGGUUUCACAGAAGAACUGGUAGAUCUCUUGCAAGUUAAAGACAACACACUUGUGGAUAUUAAAGCAGCUGCUUUACGAACACUAACCUCCAUUGUACAUCUGGACUGCCGCGAUCGAACGCCACGGCUCGGUGCCAUAGUGGACGUGACCGGCGUGUCUCAAUACCACGGCUUCCUCCCUGUACUUGUACGUAGAUGCAUUGACAGCAUGACAAGCACAAAGAAGACAAAAGAAGAGAAUCCUGAAUUUCCGCAUAGCUUUGCCACAGCCUUAUUCUCAUUCCUCUACCAUCUAUCAAGCUAUGAAAGUGGCGGAGAAGCCCUGGUACAAAGUGGUAUGAUGGGCCCACUUUUAUCUGUUGUUACUAACAUGGGAGACCAACAAGAACAAACUACAUUUGUCACUCGUGCUGUGAGAGUUAUAGACCUUAUCACAAACAUCGACUGGCAAGCUUUUCAAGCCAUCAACGGUCUACAAGUCUUUAUUGACCGUCUGGAGCAUGAGGUCGCCAUCUGCAAGAAAGAUGCGCCAAUGGCUUGUGAUACGAUCCCGGGAGCGGCUGAAUCACCAAGUGAUGAUGUGAUGGAGAUUGAUGGUGUAAAAGAAGAGCCAUCUACAAGCACUGAAAUGGAGACAGAGGAAUCAGAUAAACCUAAAGAGGAUUUUAAACCAGGUGCCCAGUGUUUACCCCAGAGAGCUGCUCUCUUCAAGUCAGUUCUCAACUUCUUAAAAAAAGCAAUAUCCGACCAAGCUUUUGGUGGACAAGUUCGUCAUAUGAUGGAUGGUACACUACCAAACUCACUUAAGCAUAUUAUUGGGAAUGUGGAGUACUAUGGUCCUGCUUUGUUUCUGUUAGCAAUGGAAGUUGUUACCGUGUACGUCUUCCAGGAGCCUUCACUUCUAUCCUCGUUACAAGAUAACAGGUUGACGCACGUCAUGCUUCAUGCAUUGCUUGUUAAGGAUCCACCUGCCACUCGGGAAGUAUUAGCAUCAUUGCCCAAUAUAUUCAGUGCUCUCUGCAUUAAUACACGGGGCCUGGAAGCGUUUGUUAACUGCAAUCCAUUCGACCGACUUUUCCAUGUCAUGUUAAGUCCAGACUACCUACUUGCUAUGAGGAGAAGAAGAAGUUCUGACCCCCUUGGUGAUACAGCAUCUAAUCUCGGCCAUGCAAUGGAUGAACUGAUGCGUCAGCAACCAUCACUUAGGGGUGCGACUAUAAAAGCUAUUCUGCAGCUGCUUUGUGAACUUAAGUGUCUCGGAAAUGACCCGAACAUUAUCUGUUCAAGGGCAACAAGUAGCAAGAACGAAGGUGGUGGAAGUAAUGCUGAAGGGACAAAUGCUUCAAGCAAUGCUCCUGGUGAGAAUGGAUCACAAGCUGAUGAAAGUACAGCACAGGAUGAUGCAGGAAGUGAAGACGAAGUGGAAGAAGUUGAAGAGGUGGCCUCGACAUCCAAGCAAUCCUCAUCCAGUGUUCAAAUGUUAACAGCAGCGGGCGGCGCCAAGAAGAACGUACCACUACUCGAUUACAUUCAAAAUGUGACAAAGUUUAUUCAAGCUAUAGUAAGCAACAACACAGGGGACCAUUGCACAAAGUUUAACGAAACUGGAGGUAUUGCAAUCCUUCUUCAUCUUUUGCGACUUCCAUCUUUACCCCUUGACUUCCCCACCUCUGCAGCUUGUCAGUCGAUCACCAAUCUUACACAGACAGUAUUUAUUUUAUUGCGAGCGCCCACAGUAGUUGGAGAGAGCUUAGCUCAUGUACUAGAUAUACUGAAGAAUGAAUUGCAACCUUUAUUCCUUACUACACCUGGUGAAACAAGGACACGCCCCGCCAGCGUUCUUCUACAUGAGCUUACUCAGCAACAAAGUGCUGACGCGGCGGAAAAUGAAGGCAGCUCAUUGGUUAAGAGCCUCGUUCAUCUACACGCCUUCGUCACGCUUUUCUUAACUCUGCCACGUGCCAACCAGAAUGAAAUUCGAACCAUCAUUGUAAACCAAUGGGGCAGUCGAAUGGGCAUAACAGCACUGGAAGGGUUGAAUAAGCUCUACAGGAGUCUAAUAUGGGAGAGCACAGUUCUUUUGGCACUUUGUACACCGGGAGCUAUUCCAGAAGAUUCUGAGUUUGGCGAGAAGGAAUUAGAAAACCUCCUGUCCUCUGCCGAACAGGGCACUAGCAAGACGGACAGUACCGAGGCCUCAGUGGGCAUGGAAAUGGAAGGAAAUGAAAUUAAGUCGGCCGGCUCAAAACACAAAAUGAGCCCAGCGUUUUCUGCACGCAUCAAAUGCAUCAAACCUGUGCUAACUGUGGCAUCCAAGCUGGGCAGAUCGCUUGCAGAGCUGUUUGGGCUGCUGGUGAAGCUAGCUGUUGGCAAACCAAUUCGACAACGCUACGGCAGACACAUGGCGGUUGCACAUGCUCAGAACGUAGCACCAAGUCGGCCGGCACGAAAGCUUGCUUAUUCGCUCAGCACUCUCCUUCUUGAUGGCCUUUCCUGGAGAGCACCACCGAACGUGCCUUCUUCUAAAUUGAGAACAACAUUCCUAAUAUGCACUGUUGGCUUCACAAUACCUAUGUUGUUCGACGAGAAGAAGAUGCCGUAUCAUCUCAUGCUACAGUACUUCGCUGGCACUGGCUCACUUGACGCCUUAUUCAACUGCUUUAAGUGGGCUUUGUCUUCGCAAUUGGAUGAGGAUAACAGCGCAGAGGUUUCCUCACAGUCCAACGAACUUCCUGGCAGUGUAGACGACUUUCUAGAAGCUUGGUUGAUGUUGUUAGAAAGGCUUGUAAACCCCCGGAACAUUCUGAACUCCCCGUAUGUGAUCCAUGACAAGCCAGCAGCCACAACACCAACAGAUGAACUUGCACCUAUAGUGGCGCCGUUCAGUGCUGUGAAAUUCCUUAUCAAAACACAAAAGGCUGCUCUUGAAGCAUUACAGCACCUCUGGUGCAGCAGGAGGCUGUCAAAGUUAUCGAGUCGAAUUUGUGACUCGGUAAUUCUGAUUCUCUGUCAUUUGAUCCGCGGCGAACAGAUUGCACGUGACAAACUUAACGAAGAGAGGGAAGAGCGAGAAAAAAAGGCAAAAGCAAACCCACCUACAGCGCAAGAAGGAUCUGCAGCAGAAUACUAUUAUGAUGCUCCGUUGGCGAACCGUUCAACAAGUACCUCAGUAUUUUCCUCAUCUCCAAGAACCAACCAAGCCACAGGUACAAGCAGCAGGGCAUCUGCCAUACCCACCACUCGCUCCACACGACCACCAAAUCUAUCUGUCGUCCAUCAACUUGUCGACAUGGGUUUUGCGCGAGAACAAGUCUUACAAGCUCUCAUGCACGCUAGCACGUUGGAGGCUGCCACCGAGUGGCUGCUCACGCAUUCCUCCGAGGACGAUCAGCUCCUUAGAGCGAUCUCAAUGUCUCUGGAAGGCACUCCUGCUGCUGCUGCAUCCGAAGAGCCGGAAACUGAUGCGGAAGAAGAAGUCCGAGAUCAGGAGGGGGCACAGCUAGAGGAAGACCUAAGAGCUGCAGCAAGAUCUUCUGUAGCUGAGCCUGAGAAAAAUGAGAGUUCAGAACCUGAUCCCUCACAAGAGGAGGACAAGAAAAAAAAGGAGGAGGAAGAGCAAAUGAAAGUAGAAGAUGAAAAAGAGAUGAAAAUGCUUAGUCAGGAUGAUGAAGAACCAAUGUCAGCAAGCGAUAUUGAUGAUUUUGCUGCCAGCAUUUUUGAAAGGGGGUUAGAACUAGUCAACCAUCUACCAGAUACUGUGUACCGUGUGUGUGACGUCAUUGUUGUCCUGAUGAAAAGAGCCGGAAAAAACUGGUCCGAUGGAGUUUUUAAUAAACUAGUCGUGCAGAUCAAAGAAAAAUGCCAAAAACUGACGGAUGAUUACAAGUCUAACGGAGACGGCGUCUGGCUCCAAGAUGACGAAUUCUCAGAUGGUUUAGCUGCCCAAGCACUUCUGUUUGCGCUCCUCUAUGAGGAAAUGAAAGAGCCAUGUACGCGCGUGGUUAGCCACAAUGACUUGAUACCAACUUUUGUAGCUCUCUUAUCUUGUGCCAGCACUUGGCUGCAAGACCAUAACGAUGUCUCUACUACACCCAAGUGGAUAUCUCCGGUCCUAUUACUAGUUGACCUAUACGAGCGUACAUGUAUAACUCUAGCAAGGAAAUCUGAGCUUCAACGGCGUUUUGAAGGCCACCGUCGUGAGUGGAAAUGGUUCGACGACCGUUCCGGACGCUGGUGUAGUUAUAGCGCCUCGAAUCAUAAAAGCAUUGAUGACGCAUAUGCUGCUAACUUACCAGGCAUAAGGUUCACUGCUGGCAGGCGAAGGUACACGAUUAAUUUCUUACAGCUCAUCCAGUUUAAUGAGGAAUCUGGCAACAGAAGACCGAUAAUGGCAACUUAUGUUAAAGACAGUUCUCUCACUGACAAAGAUUCAAAUAAAAAAUCCAAAUCUGAAGAAGAAACCAUGGAAACAGACAACAAUGGAAAAGCUGCAGAACCGGUUCCAACCAGCUCUGAGGAAAGUUUUUCCGGUUUUAUCCGGUUGAGUCCAGUGGAUGCAGACAAGCUGGUUCACUCAUGUACUGCCUUUGUAUGUCUGCCUGUAGAUGCCGAUACAUUACAUUCGUCUAUGAGAUUACUUUUAAGAUUAACUCGUAAUGGUAUAGAGGGCGGUCACCUACGUGCUCUAAUGUUCGCUGAACUUGGUGGCCCUGCAGCGCUUCUGAGACUUAAAUUUAAACACGGUUUUGUGGGAUUUGCCUCCCUUGCUACACUGCUGUUACGACAUAUACUAGAAGAGGAUGCUACAUUAAAAUACUCAAUGGAUAAGGUGGGUGUUACAAAACAAAGUUCUCAAAUUAUAGCUAAACAUUUUUCAGAAGAAACCAUGGAAACAGACAACAAUGGAAAAGCUGCAGAACCGGUUCCAACCAGCUCUGAGGAAAGUUUUUCCGGUUUUAUCCGGUUGAGUCCAGUGGAUGCAGACAAGCUGGUUCACUCAUGUACUGCCUUUGUAUGUCUGCCUGUAGAUGCCGAUACAUUACAUUCGUCUAUGAGAUUACUUUUAAGAUUAACUCGUAAUGGUAUAGAGGGCGGUCACCUACGUGCUCUAAUGUUCGCUGAACUUGGUGGCCCUGCAGCGCUUCUGAGACUUAAGUUUAAACACGGUUUUGUGGGAUUUGCCUCCCUUGCUACACUGCUGUUACGACAUAUACUAGAAGAGGAUGCUACAUUAAAAUACUCAAUGGAUAAGGCAAUCCAUGAUAUCACUGUAAGUGGGGCAGGAAACGCAAGUUGUGGCGUGACAUCCGGCAGCGUUGGUGCCAGGGAGCUUCACUAUGUGCUCAGAGCUCUUGCUCCGGCUGCCUGCCAACAUCCGGACCUGUUCUCGGAGGCAUGCAAGAAGAAUAUGAAGAUUGUUCUUCCUUCUCUUACCAGCAGAAACGUGGAAACAGAAGAAGACAACUUAGUGAGUUCUACAGGUGUUCAAAUCAUCAGCCAAUCAAAGAGAACCCAACAAGCUCAACCAUCCUUACAUUUACCACCUGUUGUGGUGGAAACAUUGAAAUUACUUCUAGAUGCUCUUGUUGCUACUGAUGAUUUUGGUUCUGAAGCAGGUGCAGAUCAAAGAAACUCCAGUACUUCAGUGAAGUUGGAUGCGAGUACUUCCACAUCUAAAGAUAAUGAAGAACUGAAUCUGCAUCAGAUUUUGCAAUCGGAGCAUUCUUUUGGGGAGAAGACACAAGUAAAAAGUGAGGAGGGUGCCAAAAAAUCUGACCAUGACCCAAAAGCCAGCAUGGAAGGCAAACCCCUGGUUACUAAGUCAGCCAUAUUAAGACUGCUUGCUGAGUUAGUGAAGUCGUACCCAUCAUGUGCCUACCUGCUUGCCAACCAUCAAUACAAAGCAAAUAUGACGCCUAUUGUCACUCAGGAUUGUUCUUGUCUGUCUUUCAUUCUUGACAACCUUCUGACCCCACGUACUGAAGAAGCCGUGGCACCGACGCCACCAAUAGGAGCCACGACUUCACAAGCCGUGCCACCAACCAACACAGCAGCUGAAGCCACAGGAAGCCAGGGAGAAUCAAAGCCUUCAAAUUGGGAUAAAGAUUGUCCUGCCCUGUCCCGUGUGCUUCUCGCUUGCUUGGCAGCUUGCCAACUCCAACACCCAUCAGGCACCUCCACCCUACCGGGUCACGACCCACAUGUGGCACUUGUGUCCGAACUUAAAUCGGCGAUAUCGCGCACCGUGCACACACCAGAGUCGCCCCAGAAGCACAAGAGGCUCAGAGCUUUGCUUGAAAUAGUAACCACGAUCAUCGAAUGCACGCGUACAAACCCACAACAGCCUCGUCGUACCCUGGCAAGAAACCAACUUCCUGAGCCUAACGUUGACCAGUCUCAAAGUGUGGUGCCGCGGCUCAUGGUACGGCGCGGCCUCACCACAGAUUUGGCGAAAAUUACGCAUUAUAUUGAUCUAGGCUCAUCUGAAAUGGCAGACACCGUGAACGCAGCAUUACGUCCUUUAGAGAUUCUCACCCGCUACACAAGUCUCUACAGCAACAAAGCACAACAAAGUGAAAACAAGAAGACAACAACAGAAGAAGAAACCUCACAAGCCAGAAGUGAGCAAGUGCAGGAUAGACAAGCAAGUGCAGAAAUUACUUCAAAUUCUCUUCAGGAAUGGUUAAAUAGUGGCAACAAUGAUGGCGAAUGUCACCUUUCAACGGUUGCCACUCUUCUAGCUGCAGAUGAUGAUAACAUGUCAGAUGAAUACAUGGACGUUUUAAACCCAGAUAAUGUCAGCCAAGAGUCAGAUCUUCAGUAUCUUGAUGCUUCGGAAAUGCAGCCUGGCCACAGACAGGAUGUCUUUAUGAGAGAGGAUGAAGAGGAGAUCGCAGCAUCCAGGAUCGAACAAGAUCAUGACGAAAAUGAUGGGGACACUGUAGCUGUGGACGAGGAUGAGAGAGUGGAGGAUGACAUUGCGGAUGACACCAUCAAUGGGGAUGAAUCAACCGACAGCGAGCAAGAUGAAGACGAUGACGACGACGACGAUGAUCAAGACGAUGAAAUAGAGGAUGAUGGUUCAGAAAUGGAUAACCAGGAAAUGGAUGAAGACGAGGUUAUUGAAGAAUUUGGGGAAGAUGUUGAUUAUGAAACAUUCGUGUACGACUUCAUGCAUGGUGAUCACCAAGAUAUGGAUCUUUUCAUUCAAAUGGAAGAUAUAUUUGGAAGCAUGCCUGGUGGUCGGUUACCAAACCAACUUAUACCCAUGCAUGAUGGCCCAGGUAGAAGAUUAACACUACCCCUUGUAGUACAUGAUGAUAACAGAGACAACAACAAUACUACACGUAGCAUUCCCCCUCCUCCUGGGAUGAUCGCUCUCUGCCAUCCUCUGUUAGUCCGGCACGCCAACCACGCCCAAAUCACUGACAGCGGUGGUCCAAUCUCCAUACCAAGACAGGGCUUCUCUCAGAGCUUUGCCAGCGUUGCGAGUGGUACACGUAAUGUGGCAGACGGCUGGACACACCAGGUGUCGCGUGCAGGCAACCUCUCCACUGCCCAACAACAACAGUUGAUAAACCAACAGGAGUCCAACCACACCAUACAUCUACAUUAUACUGGUGGCAGACAACCAAGGAAUGCACCGUUAGUGCUGCAGAGACUUCUUGGACCCACAGUUGCACAAGAUAUCUUACAAGUCUCAAAUUCAUUGUACACGGAAGGUGGUGGACGUGCCCAGCUUAUUGUCAACACAGAUGACGCAAACUACACCCCCACUGAUAUCAUUGACGUUAUUUUCCUGGAUAGUAUGUUUCAACAGCAAAGUGGGGUUAUGGCAAACCAUUCUGCUUCUCUCGUCCCUGAUAACGUGCCUUCUUCUCUUGCCCGUUGGGUGGAAGAAAGUUGUGUGCUUGACUCACAAAGUCUUUAUGAUUGCAUCACGGUCAUCAAGGAUGAGAUAGUGAAGCAUGUCCUCGAUGUGAGGGAUGAGGAGCUCUCGGAGCGCAAAGAGAAGAGAAAGAAAGAGAAAGAGGAGAAGCAAAAAGAAGAGGAGCAGAAAAAGAAAGAGCGAGAAGAGAAAGAGAAAGCAAAGAAACAAAAGAAAGAGGAGGUUGUUGAAAACACUCCUGCGGAACAAGUUACUACCAGUAGUUCACCAUCCAUAGCCACCCCAUCCAACACACCAGUUGCUACACGGCCUGACUCUCCUUCUGUAUCUUCAACAACUGAGAGAGCGCCAGCCAUCAAUGCACUGCAGCAAGCUAGCUCCUCGCUACUGGCAGUUAGUGGCCAGCUUGAAGGGUUAAGUUUUAGCCUCCAACAAGCCAUAGGAGCAAGUGAAGAUGUUCCAGCAACCGCUCGUUCUGCAUCUGAUGCUCAAGGCGAAACUGUUUCAAUGGUCGCAGAAGCUGCCCCUUUUUCAGCAGAUGGCGCUACAGAGCAGUUGGCCGUUCCUGCGUCUGACAGAGGCAUGGACAAUGCUUCACCACAGUCAGACGUUACAAUGGAAACAUAUGAAGCUGUUGCGCAAUCUGCUGCUAACGAGAUGGUUGUCUCAGAAGCUGAAGUGGUAACGACCACUACGGAAGAAGGAGCCACGGCUUCAAGUGCCACGGCACCAUCCCAGGUCAUGGAAGGUGUAGACCCUUCGUUUCUUGCCGCACUACCAGCUGAUAUAAGACAAGAGGUUAUAAGAGAGCAGCUCUCUCGAUCCAGUCAUCGGACCGUAGCAGCAUCUUCCACCACUGGACAACCCUCACACAGUGGAGUGAGUCCGGAGUUUCUCGCUGCUCUUCCUCCCAACAUUCAGGAGGAAGUCCUGGAGCAAGAAAGAAGAGAAAGAUCUCGUAACACUGCCCAGCAAGCUGCAGCUGGAGAAAAUCUUGAUCCGACGACUUUCAUCCAAACUCUUCCUCCCGAGCUCCGGCAGUCCGUCCUCUCAGACAUGGAUGAGUCUCUCGUCGCUGUGCUCUCGGAGGAGCUGGCAGCGGAGGCGCAAAGUUUACGAGAUGAUGUAGAUGAACGACAGAGAAGAUAUUUGCAGGAAAGGUUGCUCACUCACGGCGUGGGUUUACUUCGUCAAGGUGGUGUACGCAGUCGGUCUCGUCACAUCACAGAAGGCUUUGGUGGCUUCCAACGGCGGCCGGGCUACACCGAAUCAACCACAAGAACUGGCCAAACAUCAACCACAACGACCCCCCCUUUAGUUUGCCGUCAAAUACUUGACCACGAAUCACUCGCGUGUCUCUUACUGCUUCUCUUUGUGGAUGAGACGAAAUUAAACACUAACUGGUUACACAGGGUAUUACGCAAUCUCUGCUACCACGUGCCUUCUCGGGACUGGUUAGUAGCCACACUGAUGUCCAUACUACACCGAGCAAGUGAGCUGCAUUCUCCUAAACCAACCACUGAUUCUGAAAUGGAUGUCACACCUUCGCAGCCAACCAAGCUGCAGAAACAGAUGCCUAAGAAAUCCUCUAUAUCUAGUUCUGCAGACACAAGCUUCAGAAACACUUCUUGGAUGUCUAUUAAACUGGAGGCUGCAUUAGGAUCGAGGUCCAGUAUAUUCCAGGUUGAAGGAGGAUCUUCAAUCUCUCCUUCACCCGGAUCAAUGAAGAAGCAUGGAAGGGAUCAGGGAUCAGAAUCCUCCACUAAAAGAGUCCACAUCCAUCCUCAGGCAUCACCUGUGGUUUGCAGACACGCCAUUGAUGCUCUCAUUGUGCUUUCAAAAAUCUUUCCAAAUUAUUUCAUCACGCAACAGCCAUCCAAACCAAAAACAGUUCCAGACAAAAGCUCUAUGAUAGAAACCGACUUCUGGGACAUUUUACUCAGACUUGAUGCAAGCAGCGCACAUAAGAAGAAAGUUGCUGCAAGACACCAGCAUUUUAAUGAAGAUGAUCCUCAUGUUGCCGGUGACUCCGCCUCCGAGAAGAGCAACAUUGAUCUCAGCAUCACCUGGCUUGGAGUCCUGAUGCGGAUGCUCUCUCAGCCAGUAGUGAAGAGGAGUCAGCAACUUACAGAUAAGAUGUUGCGUCUCCUGGCUCAGAUCUCGCGCUACAUCACUUCGGAGCAGAGUCAGAAGGCAAAGAAAGAUACUCCCGCAUCCGGAACUGCUCCCAAUGCAUCCGUGAGCAAUACAGGAGCAACAACAUCAGCGGAGGUCCAGGUCACCUCCGCUGACCAAAAUGUUGUGGUUACUGACCAGAGUGAAACAUCGGGCACCUCUACUGCCACCAUGGGUGCACGUGCCGGCACAAGUAACACCAGCACAGUUGGUCGGAGCACUGCUGCUCCUCAGACGAGCACAACAUCUUCCUCUCGCUCCCAAGGAUCAAUCUCCACCAUCUCCGAGACCCCUGCAACAUCCGGAGCAAAGGAGGACACAGCUCUUCAGCUCGAAAAAGAGCUCUCUCUUACUGUAGGGGUCCUCACCACGCAUGCUUGCUCCGAAGAGGGUCUGGAAGAUGCCACAACUCUUCUCCUCCACCUCUCAAAAUCUGCUCCCGCUCUUCGUUUGUUGAUCAUUCGUCUAUCCCUGGAAGGUGCCCAAAAACUUGGCGGUCUUCUUGCAAGCCAAAUAAAGGAGCUCCUGGAUGAGAUAAUUGUUUAUAACCAACAACAACUGGCAAGUGGUGCUAUUCCCGCUGUCACUACAGCUCCAACAAAAGGAGUUAUUGUAAAUCGUUUUGAUUCCACGCUCACUGUCGUGUUAUCUGCCAAAGAUAAGUUUAAGAAGUUGGGAAGAGAACUACAACUCCCUUCUAUGCAAGCUCUAACUAGCAAGACUUCACACCAGGCAUUUUUCCUGAGAAUCUUGAAGGUGAUAAUUCAGUUACAACAAGCAUCAAAGGGUGGGGUGGUUCUGGGUUUAAAUAGCAAUCAGUCAAGGUUUGGAAACAAUCAAUUUCGCCGCUGGAGAACAGGGGGGUCCAUGUUAUCUGCUGUACAGAACACCGUCUCCCGUCUCGAACGAGAGGCUGAUGCCCUCAUGGACAUCAUAUCGCCUCCUCUUCCUCGAUACAGGAACCAAACUGCUCGAGCAUCCCAAUCCUCGAGCUCUGCAGCUGCAUCCUCAUCUAAAUCUGAGACAGAAGAGGAAGAAAAAAAGGAUGAAUCUACAUUAAGUGAAAGAUUACAACUGGAUGAACUAUGGGAAAUACUAGGAGCAUGUUUAAAAGAAUUAUCUAAAAGUCAUGACCAACAUGCUGUGCUUGUACUGCAGCCCGCUGUUGAAGCCUUUUUCCUCGUUCAUUCAUCCGAAACGUCGCAGUCAAGUGCACGCAGAGGUGGGGGAGGAGCAGAGACGGAAACAAGAGAAUCCCAACUUGCUCACAUCAAUGAACAACCCCCUGUAUCACCUGGACAACCAACAGGGAGCACAUCUGAAUCCUCUUCCUCCCUUUCAUCCCAAUCCUCUUUAAUUGAUGCCAGUAUGCCAAUAGACACACAAAAGUUCCUCAAAUUUGCCGAUACUCAUCGUACAGUGCUGAACCAAAUACUCCGACAAUCUACUGUCCCGUUAUCUGACGGUCCUUUUUCUGUGUUAGUUGACCACACGAGAGUGCUAGACUUCGAUGUCAAGCGUAGAUACUUCAGACAAGAAUUGGAGCGAACAGAGAACUCUCCCAUCCGUCGUGACGAUGUUGCUAUCCGUGUCCAGCGUGAUCAUCUAUUUGAAGAUUCCUUCCGUGAGCUUCACAGGAGGACUCCUGCCGAGCUCCGAUCCCGUCUCUAUGUUGUCUUUGAUGGGGAAGAUGGACAGGAUGCGGGCGGGGUCCUCCGGGAGUGGUAUUUGGUGAUCUCGAGAGAAAUUUUUAAUCCGAUGUACGCUCUCUUCCGCACAUCACCUGGUGAUCAUGGGACGUACACGAUUAACCCACUUUCUUACAUCAACCCUAACCAUCUGUCAUAUUUCAAGUUUGUUGGUCGAAUCGUGGCAAAAGCAAUUUAUGACAACAAGCUACUGGAGUGUUACUUCACUCGAUCAUUCUAUAAACACAUCUUGGGCAAACCAGUAAAAUACACGGACAUGGAGGCAGACGAUUACGAGUUUUCACAAGGUUUGCGUUACUUGCUGGAACACGAUAUUACUUCGCUGGGAACCGAACUUUUCUUCAGUGUGGAGAUAGAGGAGUUUGGGAAGACGGAAGUCCGAGAUCUAAAGGAGAACGGUCGCAACCUCCCAGUGAGUGAGAAGAACAAGCGUGAGUACGCGCAUCUUGUGUGUCAGGAGAAGAUGACAGGAGCUAUCAAGAAGCAACUCGCAGCUUUUCUUGAAGGUUUUUACGAAAUAAUUCCGAAACGAUUGAUUUCAAUAUUCGACGAACAGGAACUUGAACUACUAAUAUCAGGUUUACCAAAUGUGGAUAUUGAUGAUUUGCGUCAAAACACCGAGUAUCACAAGUACCAACCAAACUCACCUCAAAUACAAUGGUUCUGGAGAGCCCUGCGUUCAUUUGACCAAGCUGAACGUGCCAAGUUCCUGCAGUUUGUAACAGGCACAUCUAAAGUUCCACUGCAAGGUUUCUCCACCUUAGAAGGCAUGACUGGCGUACAAAAGUUCCAAAUACACCGUGAUGACAGAUCCACUGCUCGUCUACCUUGCGCACAUACUUGCUUUAACCAGUUAGAUUUACCUGCGUAUGAGAACUACGACAAGCUUCGUGAACGACUUCUUCUUGCCAUCACCGAGUGCACAGAAGGUUUCGGACUCGCCUAAGCAUCCAAAGAGUUCCUGCGUUCCCAUGUCAAACUAGCUUCUGGUGCUAAUUGUACAGAUGUCACAGUUUAUGUUAUUACUUUGCAAACAAUUUCGAUAUUUGUUUAUUUGUUGCGCUGCUUUCCUAAAACCAAACUGGUCGGCUCCGUCACUUUCGCAUCUGUGAAAUAAACUUAAGAACACAAGAUCCGAAA